GUGAUAUUAUUGCCAUUUGGUAUUAGGGACGAAAAUGAUAAUAUUUUUGUCACCCUGGAUGUGACCGAAUUUGACACCACAGUCAUAUACGGGCUCCUGGGUGUGAUUCCUUAUAUUGUAAAUAUUUCCUGUCAAAGUUAAUUAUAUUACCUUUAAAAUACAACUUACUUUCACUUUACUUUCGAUUUCACUCUCAAUUGAGAAAGCAAAAUGGCAGCAGCGGCACGCGAAGGCCAAGCAUGGUUCUUGAAAUCGAGUCUCAAGAGCCCAGGUUACGAUGGCUCAAAGCAGGAAGACUUUUAUUCGUGGAUGCUUCUCGAAGUCGUUUACAAUGCCACUGAAGACGAGGCCUACGCGUUCCCUCCACCAUUAAGUUAUCCAGGCCACCCAAGAACUGGGCAACAGGAAUUCCUCGGCACCAUCGCCAGUACCGGAUACAGCCGCUAUCAGUAUAUGACCGCCAUGUACGGGCCCAGCGCCGAGGACAUCAAGCGCACAUAUCGCAUCAGCAGCAAUAUUUAUCGCGGUCAACUAUGGCGUCAGACAGGCUCUGCCGCUGUUUGCUACAUUGCAGUCCCGCUGCCGACUGCAAAGGAACGUUUUAUCUGGAUUGAUCUGACAUAUCCUGUCAGAGCUUUUUACAUUCCAUGCGCAUUCACUGCUCACCCCCAAUACAAGGGGCAUGCAAUUUUCUCUCGCCUCGAUGUCCGUGGUCGUAAGGGUAUGCCACCAUCAUACGUCAUAAAAGGCCUUGCUGCCAGUGACAUUGCGGCUGGCAAGAAAGUGGUCGACAAUUGGGAUGAAACGUAUCCCCAUAACUGGAGGUGGAGGAAAGAAGCGAGGAAUAUUGCUGAAGUAUAUGAUAAACUAGUGAAACGAGUCAAUGAUCUGGAGGCCGGGCCUGAUCGUGAAGGUCCGGCAUUGCAGGAGCCUGGACUCACAUCAGGGUAUAUGAAACCUGAUGGAAAAGCACCGAGUCAAGUGUACGCCAAGGUUAACUAUGCCAAAGAUGCGGUGGCAGAUGAGACAACAGGUUGGGGGAUGCGGCCUCAAUGGACUGUUCGAAUUGAUAUUUUUGCAUUAGCAUGCCAACUUUUGAUUCCGUACUCCCAGCGUACAGAUGAGUACCGAAACGUUUAUGCUUGCUUUACUCUAUUUGAAAGGCGCGUUGUCCAUGAAUCAAAGGUUACUGCGGAGAUUGACAUGGCUCACGCCAUCGACCUCGCUCAAGCGCAAUCGAAAGAGCUAGGGGUCAGAUUGCAAUAUGAGAAAGAUGAGCCGGACGAUAAGUUUAUCAAAGAUCUGUUUGUGGGCUUUGUCGCUGUGGGUCUUGGUUUGAUUCCCGUGAUCGGACCUCUAGUGGCAUUUGGCUGGAGUCUCGGCUAUGAGAUACUGUCAGAUUCAGAAAAGUUCACCAAGGCUGCAGGAGUUGGCGGCAAGGCACCUGCUUUUACACAGGCUGUGGUUGAUUCUCGCGAGACACUUUUACCUAUGAUAAAGAAAGGUGUCUCUAGUAUGCUGAAGAUGCACAUGCAAGCAGGGACUAAGAGAAGCAUUCGUGUCGAUCCUAGUGAGGAGGGUAAUAAUGCUGGUGAGAGUUCCCAACAGCAAUCCGAGGAUGGCGAGCAAAAGCCGGAGCAGCAGGAAGAUGAUGCCGGAGAUGGGACCAGCGCAAAUGACAAUGAAGGGACACAACAACACCAACCCGAGAAUGGUGAGGAUGAUGAAAAGAGGCUAGAUACUGACGAGAAGCCAGAUACUGACGAGAAGCCAGAUACUGACGAGAAGUCACAACCACCACCCGAAAAUGGAAACGAAGCUAGCGUAGAUGACGGGAGAAAAGCACAAGAACAACCUGGGAGCGGAGAUGAUGACAAAAAGCCAGAUGAUGAUGAGAAACCGGAUGGUGAGGAAAAGUCAGGUGGUGAUGAACAGGCAGAUGGUGAUGAAAAGCCACAAGAACAAGAGCCCGGCAGUGGAGGUGAUGGCGACGGGAAGCCGGAUGAUGGAGAAAAGCCAGACGCGGAAGGGAAACCAGAUAGUGACGAGAAGUCAGAGAGUGGCGAGAAACCAGAUGCUGCAGAAAAUGCAGAUAGUGACGAAAAACCAGCCGAGAGUGACGAGAAGCCAGAGAGCGAUAAGAAAUUAGACGCCGAAGAAAAUCCAAACACCGAAAAGAAACCAGACGAUGACGAGAAGCAAGAGAGUGACGAGAAGCAAGAGAGUGACGAGAAACCAGACGCAACAGAAAAAGCAGCUGACGACGAAAAUUCAACACCUCAAGAACAGUCCGAGAACAAUGAGGAAGGAACCGACGAGUCCCAAACCAAGACGACUCAAGAGGACAAAAAAAGUGAUGAAAACGGCAAGACUGAUUCAAAUCCUCCCGAUGAAAAAGAAGAAUCUGAUUUAUUCCGGUUCAUUAUUGAAGCUGGAGAGGCAGAGGUGGUGGGUUGAAGUGGGAAGUUAUGGGAAUUUUGUUAAAUAGCUUUUGGUUUGUUUUGAUUGUAAGGAAUGGAGCUUUUGCUGAAUUUCGAUGUUCCUAAUAUGUGAGUGAGUAUAACAUGCCCGCAACUCGCUACCCCUGUGAUACGUAAUUAGGCUGUUGAAUUUCGAGCAAAAUGUAAAAUAAAAGGAAUCUA